AUGUCAUUCAAAUUUAACUGGCCGUCGUUUGGUGAGGAGUUUGUCGAGCAAGCGCGCCAGUUGCUGACAGACGCAUUAAACAAGAGCAACAAGCCGGCAAAUAUUGUAGAUCAUAUAACUGUCAAAGAACUGAAUAUGGGGACCAAGCCACCAGAAUUAGAGAUUCUUGAGGUUGGCGACUUGUCAUUCGAGAGAUUCAGAGGCAUAUUCAAACUAACAUACAGCGGUGAUGCUCAUCUAGUAUUACAAACGAAAGUACAGGCGAAUCCAAUGAACAAUAAUGCAUUAGACAUGGACUCUUUCACACGAAGAGGUAUUCUUGCUGCUGAUCAACCUCUCGUGGUGCCAAUGCUUCUUCGGCUUAGCAACCUUAAACUACGUGGAAUCAUUGUUCUCGUUGUCAGCAAACAGAAAGGUGUUACUUUAGUAUUCAAGAAUGAUCCGCUUGAAGGUGUUGAUGUAAUGUCUACCUUUGACAAUAUAUCAAGUAUUCAACGAUAUCUACAAACGGAAAUAGAAAAGCGGCUGCGAACAAUGUUUCAGGAAGACCUACCACUUAUUGUACAUAAACUAUCACUAAAAAAAUGGUUCGGGGAAGAAAAGAAAAUACCAGAACAGCAACCUAAGGAUAUAUCCGAUAGAUCUCCCUCACCAUACGGAGCAGACGCAAACUCAAGUGAUUCCUCAUUAUCGCCAGACAUACGACAAUCUUCCUUAUCAUCGCCCAACUCGGAAUCAUCAUCUAGUUUCUCGCUGGAUACAUCGUUCUAUGGUGACGACGGAUAUUCGUCGUUCGUUGAUGUAGAAUCACUAGAGGAUGGCUCCGUUGCUACAUACUCAAACUUUGGUGAACUAUUCGAUAAGCAUAAAGAAAAAGGACUUAUAGCAAUAACGCAACAAAAGGACGAUCAUAAUGAUGAUAAUGCAGCUAACAAAACACCACGAGUAUUUCAUCGUCAAGUACUCGUUCUUAAGCCUUCAACGUGGUUACCAUCACCUAUUGACUCAUCUACUCGGUCAUCAAAGAAAAAUCAGCGUCCUCCGGUAAUGACGCCAUCACUAUCAUCUAUGUCAUCAGAGGAAUCAUCGAGACUGUUCCAAAGAAUGACAGCAGCCAAUCUCCAACGUCAUGACAGAUAUCAAGUAUCAUCCUCUACCACUGCGCCACCACCAUCAUUACGCCAAUCAAUCACAACGUUAUCCUCCACAUCUAUUGUCAGCCCGACUACAUCAGCCGCCGACAUGCUAUUAAGAACAGAUUCAUACCCUUAUACCUCUCUAAUAGAUGCAGACUAUAUAUCAAGAGAUGAAGGCAAGCAGGAAAUUGUUCUUCAACCAUCUGAAAUAUCAGUUGCGGCCCAAUUGGCAACAUUAAUGAAGUCUAACCAUACAAUAUCACCAUAUACAAGAACUCUUCAGCAUGUGACGUUUAGAUCUGCACCACGAUCUGAACGUGCGAACAUAGAGGGGAAAAAAACCUGUGGAAGGGUUGCUGUUAAGAGGAGGAUUAUCAAGAUUGCGGGAAGCGCGUUUGGAGGUGGGCAUUUGUGGGGGUCGUGA